AUGAACAAUAAUGAAGGGAAUAAUCAAAUGACCAUGAAAAUUGCUCCCGUCAUUAAUUUGGAGUCCAGCAAAAGGAGCAAGAAAAAUCAGGGAUCUCAGACGGGGCAAACAUUAAAAGAUAAAGCUGUGCAGACAAUGUGGAUUUUGAAUGAGAUCGAAGUAGCAGAGGACAGGAAAUCGAACAGGGAGGAAGUGCUCCAUUUUAUUGCUAAAGAACAUUGCUUUUCAAAAAUGCGGAGGGAGCUGGAAAUUCCUGAGAUGCUAUCGCCAAUUGAGGAAAACAGUAUGUGCAAAGUAGGAGGGGACAAAGAUGAUUGGAAAAACUGGAAGGUGGGGGAAUUUGUAUGGGAAGAGGAUAAGGAAAACAUCAAAGAAACGAAGAAGAAACAAGAAUUAGACGAAAAGAAAAGAAAGAGUGACGCGAAUGAAGGAGGGGAAAUUAGAAAUGGAAAAGAAAGAAAGACGGAGACAUGGAAGGGCCAAGAAAACGAUUUGAAAACACUCGAAGGAGCAAACUGGCUCAACGACGUGGUCAUCAAUUCUUAUCUCGAAUUGAUCGGUAAGGAAGGAAAUCAGGAGCAACAGAAGAAAUUAAGAGGGUGUGCAAUGAAUUCAUUUUUUUUUCCUCGCCUGCACAUAAGCGGUCACACAGCUGUAAAAAGGUGGACAAAAAAAACCAAUAUCUUCAAGUUCGAGAAAAUGAUGAUACCGAUACAUCUCGGGAAUCAUUGGAGUCUCGCUGUGAUUAACUUUUUGACUAAAAACAUCACAUACUACGAUAGCCUGAGAAGAAAGGAUCAGGGAUACCUGAGAACCCUGUUGCACUAUUUGGAUGAAGAGGCGAGGAUAAAAGGGGAAGAUCCUAUUAAUCAAAAUGAGUGGACUUUAGGAGCAGAGAGAGAAAUUCCAACCCAGCAAAAUGGAUUUGAUUGCGGGGUUUUUGUUUGCCUAUACGCCAAAUAUGAGGCUCUUAAUAAAAAAUUUGAUUUCAGUCAGAGAGAUAUGCCUCAAAUGCGUCUCUUGAUUAAACGCGAACUCAUGGAAGAGAUAUUGUUGAAAUAA